CGUUGCGACUGCAUUCAGGUAUAAUGGCUGGCUAUUUCGACGACUACGAUCCCUACUACGAAGACGAGCGGCUUUACUACGAUCCGUACUCGUCACGAAAUCCUCGCGACAUGGACGUUGAUUGGAUGGGUGGCGAGUACGACUACUCUGAUCCGAUGGAGAGGUUCUAUCCCAGUGUGGACAGGCUUAGCAUGACUCGUAUUGAGCAAAGGGGCACGAGGGGGCCACCACCACGUGGUGCGUCGAGACCCGGGCUCGGGGCGAGAGAGAGCGGCCCGCGGCAGCUGCUUGGCGGGCGAGGAGCCGGGCGUGGAGCUGUGGGAAACGCCUGGGAGAAACGUGCAGUUGAGACUCCCAAGACUGAGCUUUGGAUGAAUUGUGAUGUAUGUGAUGUUCGUAUUUGUGGCAUUUUAUCAUGGCGCCAGCAUGUUUCUGGAAAGAAACAUCAGAUGGCUUUAGUGGAAAAACAAGCAAUUCGAGGUUCUACUGCACAAGCAUCUACAAAUCAAAGUGUUACAAAGGCUAUAAACGUUCAGAUUAAACCUGCCACAUCAUUGGCAUCUGCUGUGAAACCACAAAUCCAAGGUAAUCAGAAAAACAUUGUUACAGUGAAACGAGUAUCUGCAAUACAACCACUUAUGGGAAAGACUCUCACUGGGGCAACAAGAACACCUCCUGUCUUUGAAGAAGUGGCUCGUCUUUUCCGCUUGUAUAAAGAGGAGCCAGUAGUUGGUCUUGAGUUUGCUGUUUUGCAUCACUAUGAACGUGAAAAUGCGGCCGAUCUGGAGUGCUUGCUUUGCAAUGAAUCUGUCAAUGCGAAUGCUUUAGCUCGGAUUGAGCACUUCACCAGUUUUAAGCAUCGUGUGACCUACAUAAGAAGGGUUGGCACGCAAGAAGAACUUUCCCUUGUCAACAAAGUCACAGAUGGUGCUGAUGGUGGGAAGGCUGAACGAUUUCAACUUGUGAAGGAGUUAUCGAUCAAACUGGAAGAGAGGAACGGUCGACGAGUGAAUGACAUUCAACGAAAAGUUCAUGCAAGCAGAGAAAUUGCUGGUAGGUCUGGACCAGUAGUGACUCAGGCUAAACCUCCUGUGGCCUCUGUGGCUAGACCAGCUGCGGUAACUGCUACAGUGCAGCAGACAAAGGCCUCGGUAGCAGCCACUAUGGGUGGUACAACAAAAACAACAACAAAACAAGAAUAUUGGAAAGAUGAUACAGCUAACAUUGGUUUUGAUCGAAACAAACAGUUUAGCGAUUCUCAGACUAAACCACCAACAGCACCAACUCCACCACAAGGCCGGCGGUUGGUGCCAUCGUUGAUGAGCUUAAGGCAAGGUGCCAACAAGCCGAAUACUACUGGUGUGGCUUCGGCAUCUAAACCAGUUCCCUUAGUUCCGGCUAAAAGGCCACCAAAUGAAGAUAGUGCUGAUUCCGAUCAACCUCAAGCAAAGAAGCUGGCAGCAACUGCAAUGCUAACCUUGUCAACAUUGGCCAAUUUUCUCAACAAAGAUAACAGUGACUUGAUUUCGACAGAUGCAGAAGCAGAAGCAGCUCUUCAGUUAUCACAAGCACUGUCGCAGGCUGUAUAUGAGUACAGGGACAGGAAAACAAGAGUUAGCCUCUUCUGACAGUUCUCAUGAAUGUUGAGCUGAUGAUGAACAAUGUAAGGUAACGUCUGUGAACAGUGAGAUAUGUGUUGUAUGUUGUAGAAUGGAGACUGCUGGAUAAAGCAGACAUGGUAGCAGUUUACCAUUUUGCUGUUAAUGAUUACUGUUUGUGGUUCUUAAUGUUUCAAUGAAGCCGC